AAUAGGUAGGUUAUCAUGAGUUUGAGAUUGUUGAGUGAUCACUGAGCUUGAGCAGGGAAUAAACGGGAGCGAUCUGGCACUAUACUACGAGUUGUAAAUUGUUAUAGCCGACUAAAGGAAAAAGAAUGCGCACCAUCUUCACUGUGGGUCAGGCUUGCGUAGUACGGUCAUGCUUUCAUUACUGCGAAUGCGAUAUGGCGACCGGCACUGGAAAGCAUGCGGUUUCCAAAUACUACCACUGACCUUCCCACGUGAAUUUCUUUCUAUCCGCCACGUUUUCGAGAGCUUGGGGUUUCAGCGAUGGAGGCCUUGAGCGAAGAUGAACGUGAAGAAUUCCUGGAAUUUUUUGACGCAGAAGAACUCGAUGGGCUGCAUCAGCUCUUCCUCGAGCCUGCGGGUUCCAAAGGGUAUCUCACUUUAAGGCGCCUCUCAAAACCCAUCUGAUUCUGAUGAUCAAGAGCUUCCGUUUUUUGGGACGGGAUCUAUUGCAAGGUGCAGGAACUACGUAAAGUUUUUAGAUGAAGAGAGAAGCAACUUGAACGCAACACAGUCAGAGGAUGCAAUUACGGAUUUGCGGAGAGCUCUAAUUCCUGCAGAGGAUCUGCACAAGGUUCUCAGCGAAAUUCACCUGGAGGGUGUCGAGGGCGUGCCUGAGUUAGAAGCAUGCCAACGCUUGCACGAGAAGGUAUUGCGAUCGCAAGGUGGUGGCGGUGGCCUCGAUUUCGCUUUUUUCCUGCGGGUCUUGCAGACUAUCCACCAGGAAGACAGUUAGGCAAGGAUUUUUCUCGUUGCACCACGUUAGUUUUUUUUAUAUUUUGCUAGCCUAACAAGGCCCAACCUCUUCGGGACCGCUGGGGCCAUCCCGAUAGCUUGCCAGUGAACCCUCGGAGCGGGACUCCCCUCCCAAGGAUCGCGAAGCGUGGACUCUAAAAGCGCCCCCAGGGGAGUCCCAACCCUUGGGAGGCGCGGCUCGGAGUUGCUUUGGAGGAGUGUCAAAAAGGGGGACAAAAAGGGCCGACUUUGACACCCCAAACGACCCGGGUCAUUUGGCGACCAUUUUGGGCCAAAAAGGGUCGCCUUAAGGCACCCCCUGCCUCGCCCGCACUAGGUGGGACCCUUUCGGUCUUCGCUAAAUGACCCGGCAGCUUUUUUUCAAAAAAGGGGCGGAAAAUGCACCCAAAGUGAUCCGGUACUUUUUUAGCCAAAAAGUAAAGUGCAGCUUUCGGGCACCCCUUGCCUGGCUCAGACCUCCGCCGCGGAGUUUGGCCCCAUGGACGGCGAGCCAGGUACCCUUGGCGGCUGCCUGUCUGCGAAUGUCGACGACACCGAAGUCCUACAGUCACGUGAUGGCCGGGGUGUAUGCAUGGGUGUGAGCCAGGCCUUGCACCUGGCUGCAGUUUUCAAAAAAGACUUACGCGGUGCAACGAGAAAAAUCCUGGUCUAAGACAGCUAUUCGGUUCUAGAUGCGAUUUCAGUGGACGAAAGCAGCGAAGAGGAGGAGGAACAAGGUGAAAGUCCUGACAACGAACAACCAGAUAGCGACAAAGCAAAUAAACCCGACGCUUCUGACCAAACUGCUGCAGCUGGUGUCGGUAGCACAAAUCUACAACAAAAUGAACCCGAUGAUCCACCGAGCUUAUCACCUGAGAAUACGACAGGAAACGAGACGACGCCUUUCGACAGCGCUGAGAGUCUACUGGCCAGUCCAGAAAGCGUUCCUCCAGAAGUACCACCUUCAAAAAAGUCUACAACUGGUGCAAACAAGCCAUCAACUACAGCGACCGCAUCGAGUACAGCAUCUUCGAGUCUGCAGCGGACUAGUUUGAGCAGCUCAAAGAAGGCCGAAGCCGGUGCUGCUAUCGCGGCUGCGUUGGUUGACGAGGAUGCUGCGAAAAAACUGGGAAGUGCGCUGGAAGCUCAGUCUUCUACUGUAGUUGGAAUUUAUGAGAAAACGAUGCCGCAAAACAUGCAGCUGAUCCAAACAUUACAUAAGGAACUUGAGGAUGAAAGUGAUGCCGCCUACGCACACGAACCUCGAUUCUCUCCAAGCGUGCCAUCAUCGGAUGUCGCCGUGACUCCGACAAACGAUCUAUCUCUACGGGGAGCACCGGGUGAAGGGACAGCAGCGAAGAAGAAGUACUACUUACACUUUUUCUACAACUCUGGAAGAUGUAUUGUGAGUUUAGCUUGUGUCAUCUGAACAUGACUCGACGCGAAAAAAAGGGGAGGUUAUUCUCGUUAGAUAUUGGAAAGCAUGGACUUUUAUUCUGUGGGUAGAAUUUUAUUUUUGACAAUGAACUACAGGUCAAUCAGGACUUUUAACUCUACGGUACAGCCAGCAAAAGAGAAGAGCCACCAGACAGAGAGCAGUUCUUCAGAGAGAUCGCAGAGGUUACAGCUUCAACGCGACUACCUCGAUUUGCAAGCUUCAUUCAAUGCUGCGCUAGCAUAUGCUAAGUUCUCUGCUUUGCGUGUCGCAAACCGGCUCCAUUGUGGCUUUGACUCCUUGCAGGCAGUUUCCGACGAGCAAGACCCUGUCACAUCUGGCGCAGAUCGUGAAGAUAGUGUCGUGAAUUUAGCGGUGGGAGACCCGUCACUAGGGCGCUCCGUGCGGCGAUUUCUCCUCGAAGAGUUGCACUUGCAAGACUUCGAAAGUCUGCAACAGUCCGCUAUUGACAGCGCGUCAGACGAAGAAGGUGAUCCGCUGUUGAGGCAGCUGGGCACAAUGACCUCCCCGAUUGCGCAGCAGCAGCGCGAGCUUCUGCGGGACUGCAUCGAAGAGGUGCAGCAGGUCGUCGACAAAGCGACGCUACGCCUAGACACUGACGUUGUGCGCCUGCGGCGCGAGCACAAGCUCCUCCGAAGCACGAAUAACGGCCUGCAAGAUCUCGCGCGGAAGAGCAUGCACGGCGCAAAGAGACUUUCUUCGGUUGUCGGUAUGGCUAAAGCCAGCAGGAAACUCAGCAUGCCGCUGCAAAAACUUGUAUCAGGCAUCGGCCUUGGUGAGGGAUCAACCGCUGACGAGGACCUAGAUGUCAGUGUUGAGGAAGCAAUGCAUGCUGUGGAAGCGAUGGAGGAGACCUUCGCGAAAGUCGCAGAACUCGAAAAAGAGGUAGAGGCGCGCAACACCGAGCUCAGAGCAAUGCGAAUUACGAUUCACAUGUAGAGCAUUUUCUUGAUGCUGAUGUUGCAGCUCAUCCUAAUUGCAUAUUGGGCAACUUUCUUGUCGUUAGCAGGUCGUGGCACAACAACUGAUACUCGAGUCAACUCUGGACGAAAGCUUUCAUCUCUAAUCUGACAAAUUCGGAAAGCGAGCGUGCUCUAUCGGCUAUGCAACUGGAAGAAGCGCGAGGAAAAAUCGAGAGCCUCGAGAACGAACUGGUGCAAGAGUCUUCGAAACACGAACGGGAGUUGGCGUCGUUGCAAGACGGUGCGGCUGAGCUGGCGACGCGCCUGCAGAGGAACGCGGAGGAACUAGCGAUCGCGCGAGAAAUCAAAAACGAGAUGCAGAGCCGAUAUUUCGAGAUGGAGCAAUUGUUGCACAGUGAGUUGGAAAGGAGAAAAGAGGAAAAUGGUAUUCCGGAACUCGACACGGACGUGACGAUGCAAGAGGAUGAAGAUUCUAUUUCUGCUGACUCGCGAGCAAAGAACACCACAGCGUCCGGCGGAGGGGGUGGGUUGCCAGGAAAAGCGCGCGCAAAACAGAUGUAUAAUCGGAAAGGAAGCGGUGGUGCUACAGCCAGAGGACAGGAUUGUUACAUAUUAGGCCGCGAAUUCAUUACUGCUUACUCAAGUAAACUCAUAGAAGGACAAAGCAUUUCGCUUUCUCAGCAAAAUUUUGCGCUUCCUGGAACAAAUUUUUCUGAGGCUUCGCACGAUCGCAACUUGAGACCAAGUUGGUUCAAAGCACUGCGUGGAAUAUAGACAGUUGUAUGAGCAGUACAACUUCGCUUUCACCGCGCUGUGCUGAGGUUUGACGAGCGUGCCGUAAAUUAAGUAAUUCGAACCUCUUAACGGCGCCCUUGUCGGUAUCGUUUGUAGGUUGUUCUGGCUGCAAAUCUGACAGGGUAAAAAUAGAUAC